GCUUAAUUACUGCAGAAGACAGACGAGUUGGUACCACAAACCUGCACUUGGAUGUGUCUGAUGCUGUUAAUGUCAUGGUGUACGUUGGGAUUCCCAUUGGGGAAGGGACCCAUGAUGAUGAGGUUCUGAAAACAAUUGAUGAGGGAGAUGCUGACGAUGUAACAAAGCAGCGAAUCCAUGAAGGAAGAGAGAAACCUGGAGCAUUGUGGCACAUCUAUGCUGCCAAGGAUGCUGAAAAGAUACGGGAACUUCUCCGGAAGGUUGGAGAAGAACAAGGCCAAGAAAAUCCCCCAGAUCAUGACCCCAUUCAUGACCAAAGUUGGUACUUGGACCAGACCUUACGUAAGCGACUCUAUGAUGAGUAUGGUGUACAAGGCUGGGCAAUAGUGCAGUUCCUUGGAGAUGCUGUGUUCAUUCCUGCAGGUGCUCCCCAUCAGGUCCAUAAUUUGUACAGCUGCAUUAAAGUGGCAGAAGAUUUUGUAUCUCCAGAACACGUGAAGCACUGCUUCCGUCUGACCCAGGAGUUCAGGCACCUGUCUAAUACUCAUACAAACCAUGAGGAUAAACUGCAGGUGAAGAACAUUAUCUACCAUGCAGUGAAAGAUGCUGUUGGCACACUGAAAGCUCAUGAAUCCAAACUAGCUAGAUCAUAGAAAUUGCUAAUUCCAAAUGCCCUGUGAAGUAAGCCUUUUGCUCACAGUAUAUACAGGGACUGCACAUGACUGUCUCUGCAGGAGCAGAGGCUUCUCACUAAGAGCUGGUGUGGUCAGUAUUACACACACUCUUCAGCCACUGUUUUCUACGCUGCCUCAACACUGAAGGUCUAAUGGAAGGUCGCACUGUUACAUGCAGAAUUCCAGAUUCUAACGAAAGGUGCCAUGUCCCUUUCCUGUGGCCUUUUGCAAAUUGGAAGAACAUGGAAACCACUUGGUGUUCCUGCAUAUUAUGAUUAGAAAUGGUAUAAAGAGUGUGGAUGUUUUUUUUCCUCAUGCCUAGUUAGUCUCCACAAAGUUAGAAGGAAUGUGCUGGAAGUGGGUUGUCCUACUGCAGACUUAGUUGAUAGCUGCUGAAGGAGUGUGACCAACAGUAGCCCAACUGCAGAAAUUUAAGCAAACUUCCCAUGUGAGAUACAGGCCAAGGAAAAGAAUAAAGCUAUUCUCUGCACUCCCCUUCUUGUAGCCGUUUCUCUAUACACUGUAGAGUUGCAGAAAUAAAGGGAGAACCCACUUUUUUUCCCCAGGAGACUCCAGAGAUAGGAGAAUUGUGUAUUUAGUGAAAAACUAGGUUUGUAGUGAAACAGUUAAUAUUUCAUGAAAGUAGAUAUUUUUAGUAUUUUUGAAGUACCACAACUGUUCCUGGAUUUUCAAGGAAAGGCGCAUUACAUUUAGUCUUCCUUUCAAUAAAAUCAAGAAGUGAUUUUUAGAAAGCAGUCCAAAAUAGCACAAAAACAGCCAAAGGAGAGUGAAUAGAAAUUGACACCCCACCUCCCUUGCCCAUAUUCCUCACCCAUCUUCCCCCCUCUCCCUGCGCCACCCUGCUUCCUCAGAAUGAGAAGUAAAAAGGAGUAUAAACUCUGUUCUCAUGUGGAGAUGUUGUACAUCUCUCCCUGCACUGGUGACUGCAGGCAAUAGUUCACCCAAUACCAGUGCUAGUUGAAAACAUCUAUCCUUUCCAAAGUGAAGGAAAAGUUAACUUUCAGUGUCAACUUUGUCCAGAACUAUUUUAAGUAAAAUGUUCCUGCUUGAUAGAACUGUAUUCAGAAUUUACUAAUGUCAGCAUUGAUGCAAUGGAUUUCAUUGUCCGGGUACAUGGGGAAAUGUAUCUACCUUAUAUCCAGCUGUACUGUAGUGCCACCUGCAGGCCUGUUAAUAUGUUCACGGUUAUUUCAUUUUUUUAAAAAUAAAAGUCAUUUACUGUAA